AUGAGAAAAAAAAAAACAUUAAAGGUAAGUAUUAAUGAAAUUAAAAAAUACUGUCCAUUUGUGAAAAAUAUUCAAUUUCUUUAUAAAAAUAACGAAAAUAAAAAUAAUGUAGUUUUAUCAGUUAUGUCUGAUUUAUGCCCCAUAGGAAAGGCAAUAAAUGAAAAACAUCUAAUAAUAAUAGAUAAUAAAUCAAAAAUAAAUAUAUUUAAGAUUUUGAAAGAAUCAAAUGUAGAAACAAAAAGUUUAGCUGAGUAUAUUAAAAAAAAUAAGAUUAUAGAAGAAGAUAAUAAAAAUGAAGAAAAUAAUGAAUAUAUUAAUUUAAAGAAAUCAAAUAAUGAAAAUGCCUGUGUAUUAAUGCAAAAUAAAUUUAGUAAUGGAUUAGUAACUUCAGAAGAUGCUUAUGAACUAUUUCAAAACGAAUGCAAUAAUGAUUUAAAAGGAUUUAUAAAUAAGUUAUUUUUAGAUAAAAGGUAUAGAAUAUUUACAAUUUUAAGUAAAUAUAGAAAAUAUUAUCCUAAAGUAAACAUUGAAAAUAAUAAGUUAAAUUUACCUAUUUUUUAUGAAUUUUAUCAAAAAUUUGGUUAUAAACCAUGUAUUGGAAGUUCAGCUUAUAAAUUUAAUUAUUCUAAUGUUAAUAAUAAUAACAGUAACAUUCUUAUGAAGAAAGAAGAACAUGAACAACCACUCUUGAAUUUACCUAAAAGUGCAAUUACUGAUGAAAAAACAGUUGUUUGGUGUUCUAACGAUUAUUUAUGUUUAUCAAAUAAUCAAAAGAUAAUAGAUAUAGGAAUAGAAACUUUAAAAAAAAUAGGUAAUAGUAGUGGAGGAACAAGAAAUAUAUCUGGAAGUUUAUUGAGUCACACUCACUUAGAAUAUAUUUUAGCAAAAUGGUUUAAUAAAGAAAGUGCUCUAUUGUUUACUUCGGGUUAUAUAGCAAAUGUAGGAGCUUUACAAACUAUUGGGAAAUUAUUAAAUUUAGUUUUUGUAUCUGAUGAAAUGAAUCAUGCUUCUAUGAUUAAUGGAAUAAGAGAAUCUAAAUGUGAGAAGUAUAUAUUUAAACAUAAUGAUAUGAAUGAUUUAGAAAGAAUUCUAAAAAAUUUAAGAAUUAAAAAAGAGUAUAAAAAUAGAAAAAUUAUGAUAGUAUUUGAAUCCAUUUAUAGCAUGACUGGAGACAUUUCUGAUAUCAAGGAAAUUGUUAGAUUAGCAAAAAAAUAUAAUGCACUCACUUAUAUUGAUGAAGUUCAUGCAGUUGGAUUAUAUGGAAAAAGAGGAUCUGGUUAUUCAGAAGAAUUAAAUAUAUGUGAUGAAAUUGAUAUAAUAAAUGGAACAUUAUCAAAAGCAAUUGGAUCAUUAGGUGGUUUUAUUUGUGCUAAUAAAUAUUAUAUAGAUGUUAUUAGAUCUUAUUCUUCUCAUUUUAUUUUUACUACUUCAUUAACUCCUGUUAAUAUUAGUACAUCCGCCGAAGCUAUACAUAUUAUUCAAAAUGAUAUUAAUUUAAGAAAUAAAUUACGAGAUGUUGUUAAAAAAACAAAAGAAAAACUAAAAGAAAGAGGAAUUCAAGUUAUGGAAAAUAAUUCUCAUAUUGUUGUUCUUUUAAUUAACUGUGCAGAAAAAUGUAAAAAAAUUUGUGAUGACUUGUUAAAAGAAUAUAAUAUCUACAUACAACCUAUUAACUAUCCAACUGUGCCAAAGGGAUCAGAAAGAAUUAGAGUAACACCAUCGCCACUUCAUACAGAUGAACAUAUUUCUAAAUUAGUAGAUAGUUUAUAUAUUUUAUUUAAAAAAUAUGAAGUGAACAUGUUUGAUAAAAGAAAUAAAAGACACAUUGAAAUGAAACUUUGA